CAUUCCCAUCAAGAAGAAACGCAGAAGAGGCGCCCGAGGUCAUGGCUGAGCCCUGGGUUGCGCUGUCCGAGGACGAUUACCCGUGCCCCGUACUCCCUCCGGCCAGGGCGGCGAGCUCCGUGCGCAACGCAUACUUCGUCCACGAGCUGCAAGGUCCGGGCAAGGAGAAGCAUGGAGAGGGUAGGCUGGUCGAGGAGGAGGAUGAAGGGGCGGGCGCGGAAGCGGUGGCCGGCCUGCACCACUCUAUGGUCACCGGUUCGUUGUCCCUGGUCGUGGUGCUCCUGCCCCUGGUGCUUCCCCUGGUCGUCUACCUGGCCGCCACCAAUCCGUUCGUCGAAGCCCGCCAAGGACGGCUCGUCGAGGGAAUCCUCGACUUGGACGACGACGUCGUGCCUCUAAUCCGGGACCCUGCACACGAGGGCCGCCACCUCAGGACACUGGAAGGCGACUUCGAAGAAGAGCUCAGCUGGAUGUCGGGCAGGACGCCGGACUCACCACCGUUCUGGGCGAAGUCAAGUGACAUGUCACCACCGCCGGUGCACAAGGAGAUGCGCGAGCUGCCGGAGGUAGCCUGGCCCGUGGACUGGAAGGCCGGGAACACCACUCGGGGGCCGAGGCCGCUGGACGAGGACGAAGAAUUGCCCAUGAAGCACAACCUGCCCUUCAAAAAGAUGAAUCGGGACGGACGAACCCCGGUCGGUGACUACCUGGCUCCCCAGACAGUCGGGCCCGCCACGUUCGAAGGGCUUCCAGAACUGCUCGAGUUCACCAGAAGAAGCAAGCGCCGUGGCGCCAAAACUCCGUCCACGCGCAUCCCUAUCAUGCGGGAACCGCACGAAGAGUGAACCCUGUUAGGUGGCCGCCUCGCAUUUCCUCCCUGGCCCCGAGUCUCACGUUUGAACGGGACGGAGGCCUUUUGACGCUUCCGGAUGCAGCGACUUCGCCGUGCGAGAAAUCGGAUAAAGAAAGCAGCAUCAGUUGUGACGAACGUUGUCUUUUCGUUGGUUUUUGAAAAACCACCCCGACCUUUUGUGGCGGCUUGGCGGCUAUAUGGUGCUCUGCUGCUGAGUUUAAGGUAUUACAGGCCGUGUUGAUUGCAUUUCGAUGGGGGCGGUGCAUAAAUUCACCCAUGAAUCUUGA